UCUGCCCCAAUUAUUUCUUUCUGAUUUUAAAGGGUUUCUGCAAAUUCCAUUCUAACACUAAUUCAAAAAAACCCUAAAUCUUGAUUCUUUUAACUUCAUUUUUUUCUACUUUUUUCAUAAAACCCAUCAUUAUCUUCCAAAAUCUUGCUUAAUAUCUUCUGGGGUUUGUUUAAAACUGUCAAAGUUGUAACCUUUAUAGUGGGCAUGUGUUAGAUUUUCUUGAAGUUGAUGUUUUGGGCACAAUUUCAAUUCAAUAGUGCAGUGUUUCUUGAUAUCUUGCCGUUGACUUUUUUGAGUGAUCAAGACUGUUUGACCAUCAAUCUUUUGGUAUAAACAUAAUCAAGUUUAGUUUUUGACUGAUGAUUUAGGCCUCUUUUUGGAGUGAAAGUUUUUAGCUUGUGGCGAAAAUCGGCAUAUACAUUUUGUUUGUUUGAUAAUUAGUUUAUGUGUAAAUGGAUGAUUCUGGGGUGGAAUCAAAGCUCAUGGUGAAUGGGAAUCAAGAAAAGGUAGUAGAAGAUGAAGUCGAUGAAUCUAAGAAAUUGUUAUUGCCUAAAAAAGGCGGAUUAUCGAAGAAAAAAUCAGGAAAGAAACAGAGGAAAGUGCAGUGGAAUGAUAGAAAUGGAUCUAAACUUACUGAAGUUUUGGAAUAUCAGCCAAGUGACGUGAGUGAUUCAGAAGAUGAAGAAUCGGAUGCUUGCAUAUGUAUCAUAAUGUAGAUCUUACACGUACCAGCUUUCUUGGCUGCAUAUACUAUUCAGUUAAUAUUCUUGAAUCUUGAUGUUCUGUCGUAUUAUAGAGUACUUGAUCAUAGUGUGAAACGUUAUUGGUUAUAUAAUUGAACAGGAGAAAAAUUACUCUUGCAGAUAGUUGUCAUGUGUACACUAAUAUGUUUUAAAUUUUUAAUCAAAUUUUGGUUACA